AUGGUGGAUCCGCUUAUGAAACCCUACUCUGAUUCCUCCUCUGAUUCCUCAUCUGAUUCCUACUCUGAUGAAGUGGGUGUCGUGCUACGGCCAAUAAAGCGAGCUCGCUUUCCAGUUCGUCUAAAGUAUGGUACCAGCACAGAGAAGACUGAGAGAUCGGAUACAUCCGUUGAACAGCAUAGUCGGUCCCGUGCUACAGUGAUGGAGACGCUGGGAUUAGUUGCAGCUAUUGAUCGUUACAAUCGAAACAUGCGAGGCCACUUGAAAGACCUCGGUACCGCCAAAAGUGGACUUGCAACCAGCGAGCGACAUGUUUCAACCUUCACGCAUGAUUUAGAAAUCGAUUUCGUGUUUGAGGAGCGCGACAUGAGCGAGCGAGAAGAGGUGAAACGGAAACUGAGUAUUCAAUUGGGAUUGAUCGAGAGGCAUAAGAAAGAGGUCUUGAGAGUGACGACGGCGAUAGAGAAGCUCACUCUCAACUUUCAAGGUCUGGCCGACUAUCCUGUAGAUUCCGCUUCUUCAGAAGAUGCAGAGGAGUCAGAGGAAGAGAAGUCACAAAGCGAGUCACUCGAAGAGAAACUGCUCAAAGAUGAGUCACAAGAAGAACAUAAGGCGUCUAUCACUGCAGAUUCGAAAUGCAAGUAUAUCGACAGUUUUCAACAGACGCUAGAGCAUUACGCCGACACCGAGGAAUCGAGACUGAAGAUGGACGCGCUUCAAGAAGCUAUGUUAGAGCGACUUUUAGCUGCAAGUGAGCUGAUACAGCAGCGCGACAUUGAGCUCGCAUCAUCGAAGAAAGAGAUCAAUGCGCUCAGGAAAGACGUGGAACAGCAGAAGAAGAAAGCAAAAGAUGCCGUGGCUGCUCUCGAUCACAUCAAAGGAGCAGCAAUGGAUGCUGCAAACAUACUGCUGAAGGAAUAA